AUAUAAAAGCGUUGAAUAUGUUUUAUUUGUAUUAAAAAAACACAAUGGAGGGAAAACAUUUAAUUCUUCUUACUUUGUGUUGCCUAUGGCUUUAUGUAGCUGAUGCACGUGUCAUAUCAACAGCUAAAUCAACAAAAAUACGAACAGUUAAAAUACCUGCUUGUGGAUGCGGUACCCCUGUCGUGGAUGUUCCUCGAUGCGGAUGUCGCGGACUUGGACUUGAUCUUCCAUGCACAUGCGAUAUAAAUAUGAGAAGGCCGUGUGGAUGCACAAAACCUGUAUAUGUGGAACCGUUAGAAAUACCUUUAUGCGCAUGUGGUUCCGGGCUACCCGUCGCAGCAGUGUAUACGAUAGAGAUGCCAUGCGGAUGUCAAAGUCCUGAAACUUGCACGUGUGGAUAUAAAAAUUCUGCUCUAUUCCCGAAUAUAUACGACUUUGUAGAAAUCCCCCGUUGUGGAUGUCAAACCCUUGCAAAACCCUGUGGUUGUCAACCAAUAAACGCUUGUGGUUGUCAAUCGAUAAAUGCUUGUGGUUGUCAACCAACUAAUGCUUGCGGAUGUCAAUCUCCUAUAAAGUCUUGUGGUUGCCAGUCACUUAAUCCGUGCGGAUGCCAAGGGUCUAUGUGGAUGAAUUAUGAUUAUGUUUCUCCCUAUGAUGUGUGUCCUUGUAAAUGCAAGGUGCCUGUAACAGAAAUUCCUUGUGGAUGUGCGGAUGGAAACUGCGGUUGUUGCGCAAUGAAAAUACCAACGCCUUUGGAAUGCUUAACAGCCAUGUUGGAACCGUGCGGAUGCGUCAUCACUGCUAUGCCCGAUGUUCCGAUUUACUCUUGCGGAUGUCAAAGUACACCAUGCGGAUGCGGUGGAUGCGGCGGUUGCGGUGGAUGCGGCGCUUGCGGUGGUGUUACCCUGCCUCCUUCACCGCCCGUAGUUGGUGGAACAAAAUAUUUACGUCAAGUGAAACUACAGCCGCCAUUUUUGUAAUAAUUAUUUGUUAGU